AUUUUUAGUCCUUCGAAUUACAAAGUGCCUACUUACUUGUCGUUAAUUUAUUAAUUGAUAUAUAAUAAAAAAGUGUGAUAUUACUAAAUACAGAAUUUGUGUAUAAUAUGCCGCCAAACCGCCAAAUUUCGGGCCGCCAAUAUGAGUUGUUGGUACAGUUUGCCGAAACCCAUCGCGGUGUCGCGAUGGGUAAUCUCGGCAAAGGUUUCCUUGGCCAACAAGAAGCCAAUAAAGCAUGGGAAGGUUUAGCCGUUAAGCUCAACUCUAUUGGUGGAGGAGUCAUGAAAACUCCAGAGAAAUGGAAACGUUACUGGCAUCUCAUAAAAUGCCGCACGAAAGCGAAAGCAGCCGAUAUUCGGAGAAAAAGAAUGGCCACAGGUGGCGGACCUAACACCAUAAAUCCUCUCUCCGAUUUGGAGGAGAGAAUUGCGGCUGUAAUCGGGAAAGUGGCAAUAGAAGGCAUCACUGAUGUUCAAAUACCUGUUGAUGUUAGUAUUCUUAUUUUAACAACUAACAAUCAUUGUAUGAUGCUUAUUGCAAGGUACAAAAACAAUAAGUUAUUGUCCCAAAUCUAUACUCAUUAUCAUGCUACAGUUACUCUACUACUAUUACUAUUUACCAAGCAGCAUGGUGUUGGCAUGGCAUUCACUACUUGUGUAUUUUCUUUACACUUAUUGCAACAACACAAAUAAAUAAUUACAACAUGAAUUAUAAUUAUUAACCAAACUUUUUAUAUUUGUAUAAAAAAUAGUAAUUACUUUGUUUUUCCAUUUAUUAGUACAUAUAACUUGGUUUUAUCUUGAUUGUGAACAUGUAGAAAUUUGAUCAAAGUACAUUUGCUGUAAAUUUAUAGUUUCCCUUUUAUUUUACUCUCAAAUUAAGAGUGUUGUAAUAAUAUAUUGCAGCUGUCAGAUGAACUACCUCCUACCACCAGUGCUGCAGGUGAAGAGGCCAACCUAAAUUUAUG